AUGGUCCCCGCGCUGAGAAAGAUCCUCAUCAUCAACCCAAACUCGACGAGAUCCAUGACAAAUGCGCUCAAGCCGCUGGUCGACUCUCUGGGCUACUCAUCGUUUGGGUGUUCGAACAGANCACAGCACACAUACUUCACGGCACCUUCAGGACCUGCAUCAAUCAACAAUGAAGACGAUGCGGCAGAGUCGGCAAGACACUGUCUAGAACCACUGCUUCCGCUGCUCGAAACACACGACGCCUUCCUCGUUUGCUGUUACUCGGCACACCCUCUGGUCGGACAGCUCAAGGCGAGACCGGAGAUUGCUGGCCGUCGCAAGCCGGUGACUGGCAUCUUCGAGGCAUCUGUCAGCAGCAGCUUGCAGGCCAUCGGACCUGGUGAGCGAUUUGGCAUUGUGAGCACGGGUAAGGUAUGGGAAGCGACGUUGCGUGAAGCUGUGGACAACUAUCUAGGUGUAGAGGACAACACCGAGGGCAGUGCGGCUUUUGCUGGAGUCCAGACGACAGGGCUCAAUGCCACAGAGUUGCAUGACACGUCGCCUGUCGAGGUCCGCAGCCGUAUGAAGAAGGCAGUGGCGAGGCUCUUGAUUGAUGAUGCUGGAGGCCCGGUCGGGGCGGUAUGCCUUGGAUGUGCGGGUAUGGCAGGGUUCGAUGACAUGGUCAGAGAAGCAGCUAUUGAGACAUUGGGUCAUGGUCAAGGGUCAAAGGUACGGAUUGUCGACGGAGUUGUAGCCGGAGUGACAUGGCUCGAAGGAGCUCUACGGUCAGGAAUGUAG